AUGCAUUGGUUGCUGCAGCUCUGCGGACUGAUUGUCACUGUGACCGCUUUCCAGGAGGCAUGUGACGACGCUGCUGCUCUUCUGCAGCUUCCAAGAGGACUGCCUUCAUCGACCGGCUCAAAAGAUGCAAAUGCGUCCAUGCAUCACGCCGGUCUCCGGAAUGUGAGCCAUCCAGAAGUGGCAGCGCUCGAUACAUUCAGUGCCAUUGGUGGCAUGCGCUCACCGCAAGACGAGACCCAGGCUGUCCCUGUCUUGCCGCUGGGCGAGCUCCGGCACCACCGGACCACAGCAAAGGCGCUGCUCGAAGCAGCCGUAUCGCUUGAUAUCCUCUCCCAGCCACAACUAGUGUUCUGCCUCGCGACGGCAAUCUGCAGCUUAGUGCUGGUUGGAGAGUUGGCAUCUUUUCAGGGGUUCGAGCACAGUCGCUUCUUCUCCUCUCUACUGGCUGCUAUGAGCCUUGUCGGCACCAACCUGGCAGAACAUGCCAAUCUGCGAGCUGGCAUAGGUGUCCUGGAUCUGAUCUACGCCAGAUUCGUCAUGCUUGCGUUUACAGGUGUCGUGCUCGUCAGGUUCCACCCACGCAAGCCUGCCGCGCUUCCAGGGAAUCCUGAGCAAGCCAUUCAGAUGUUGCUGGGUACUUUUUCUGUCAGCGCCACCUCCAUGCUGCUCUGCGGUGGUGUGCAUUUGGCACCUGGAACAUUUGUCCUGUCGGGACUGGCAACUUUGUCAAGCUUCGGCGCCGUGUUGAAACAGUGUAUUCUUAGGGAGCAGAUUGAGUGGGACGAAAGCUUGGCUUCUGUGGGACUCCUGCUUUCCGUGCUGCCAAUGCUGAGUGCUGCUGCUCAUAGUAGCCAGGCGACCCUUCUCGGCAUAGUCUUGGGGCUUUUAGCUGCCAUAACGCUGGCGACGUCUGCCUUGGUGCAACGCAAUCUGUGUGGAACAGUGCAUCAUACGGUGCUUCUGACAUGGUCAGGUGGAGUAGGGCUCAUCAUGUUCAGUCCUGUGGCCCUCAUCUUUCCCGAAGAAGCUCGCGUUUUGUGGACCUUGGACUGGCCACACUUCGCCUGCAUGUUCUUGUACGGUUCCCUGAGCUUGGCGUCCACCACACUUCUACUCAAGGUGGCAAACAGCUCCUUGGGAAUAAAGGCAGAAGCCAGCUAUGUGUUAUUUGCUGGGAUCGCUGCUGGUUGUCAGUACAUAUCAGACAUUGUACUCCUUCACAGCGCCUUCCCUUUUGUGGUGCAGACAAGCUUCGCGCUCGUAGCUACAUUUCUUACAUUUUCUUAUCUGGUAUCCUGCAGACAAAUUAUUAGAGUAGAGGAGUGUAUGAGCAUGGCGGGCAGUCUUCAGUUUGAACCGCAGCGAUUCAGCCAAAGGCUAUCGCAAGAAGCGGAAAACGACAUGUAG